GACGGCGAGAGACCCAGCCUCCCCUCCGCCUCCCUCCCCCCCUUUCCACUACUUCUCCCUAGCACGGUGACCUCCUUCCUACCUUCGCGGAGCAGCACCACCACGCGCCGACGCUUGCGCUCGCUGAGGCGCCGCCUUCUCCGGAAUCAUCCGCUCCCGUCCCCGCGUUCUUGGACGAGAAAGUCCUUCUGGGCUUUGAUCAAUUUCUGCCGGGGGCCGAGUGUGAGGUGAUGGUGGUGGGGCAGUGAGGGCGGGCGAAGGUUAGUGCGAUGGGAAGCGUCGGGGGAGAGGAGGAGUUCCCCGCCGGCGUGACGGGGGCGGACGCCGAGGUGGGUGCGCUCGUCUGGGUGCGCCGCCGCAACGGAUCCUGGUGGCCCGGACGGAUCCUCGGCCAGGACGAGCUGCCCGAGAACUGCGUCGUCCCGCCGCGCUCCGCCGGCACGCCCAUCAAGCUCCUCGGCCGCCCCGACGGCAGCAUUGACUGGUAUAAUCUUGAGAAGUCUAAGCGUGUGAAGGCAUUCCGGUGUGGGGAGUAUGAAGAGUGUAUAGAAAAAGCUAAGGUUCUAGCUCACCAGCACAAGAGGGCAUACAAUGAAGGAAAAUAUGUUCGCAGAGAGGAUGCCAUUUUACAUGCUCUUGAAAUCGAAAGAUCUCGCUUUCCAGAUGAAAACGAGGUAGACGAUGUUGUGUGUGCAUCCCAGAGCACCUAUUCUGCAAAAUCUAAAAACACAAGUGGAACCAACAAAAGAUCUUCUCGUGUUGCAAGAGGUCUGUAUGAUAUUGAAGAAAAGUCACCUCAAGGUUUAUCUCCAGCAUCGUUCAAAGUGCCGCAAAAUAUAUCCUCUUCAAGCACUAGAUAUGCUUCAUCAUCAAGGAAGAAGCGAAAGACUUCAAACAAAUUUGAGGGUAAUACAGGUCAAGGAUUCCGGCGUAUGAGAGACCUUAUCGGAUCAAAGAAGGCCCCCAGACAGAAGUCAAGUGCAGGUUCAAAUGGGUAUCAGGAUCUACCUCUUCUUGAAAGUGGGACAAGCUUUGGGUAUGAGUUGUCUAGCACCAAUGGAAUAAAAAAUAGUAAGCAGUCCCAUUCAUUGACAAAAAGGAAACGCUCUAAUAUCGGCCAAGCUUAUGAAAAUUCAAGGAAGAAAGACAGGCGCCGACCUCUAUCGAAAUUAUCUGAAGAUUCAGCGGUGACAGUCCCAUCAUAUUCUCCCUGGGACCUUUCAGGGCAGUCUUCUGUCCAGUACCCUGGAGACAAACUAUCCAAUGUGUUUGAAUCAAGCAAGGGGAAGUCUGCUUUGUCAGUGAAUGUGAAUAAUUAUUCAUACAGCUCAGGCACUUCAAGUGCAGAGACCUUAGCAGAUGCAUCAUGGACCAAUCACAGUGGUGCCACCAAAGCUUUUCAACUGAAGGAAGAAGUCUCAGGCACGACUGGGUUUCUCAAUGAUGACUGCUCUGAUGGUGAUGAAGUUUUUGACACUCGCUUUACCAUGGAGGAUGAUGUCCUGGCUGAAGGUCAUUUGCACACGCGUGAAUCCUGUGCAUAUGUAAAGGAUGCGAUCUUAAAACCCAAAAGGCGAACUACUGACUAUAGCAUUACAAGUUCCAAGAAACAAAACAUACAGGUUGAUAAGAAUUUGUUGGUGCAACAAUAUGAAAGGAAAAUAAAACACCAGGAACAAGGCGAAGAUGUUAUUGGGUUGGAUGCAAGAGAGGCAAGUGCUUCUUUCUGUAAGCACACUGAUCCUGGGAAUAACAUGGAAGAUAUGAUAGUUCCUGGAGCUGGUGGUGCCGGUGUUAUGGGGCAACAAUACUGUGAAAGCGGACCUGAGCAUGAUGAGUCAUCUGAAACUAUAAGCAACCAUUCACACUCGGGGAUGGUUGUGGCAGCAUCUGCAUACUAUAAGUCACCGUUGCAAAUGAUACUGCCUGAGCAGAAACCUGAUCUCAAAUAUGCAACAUGCCAUUCCGUAAAGCCAAUCAAGAGUGUUUUUCGAGACUACAAACUUUAUGAUGUUGAGUUGGAAGCUGAUGGAACUUUUAAGGGUCAUCGUGUGCCUCUUGUUUCUCUUGACAGUGAAUGGAAUGGUAAACCUAUUGUGGGGCUCCCUGUAACUGUUAAGGUUUUGGAUGAUAGCUGUGCUGCAGAAAGUAGAGACGUUGACCAUCCAGCAACAAGCAGUCUUAACCACUUGCUGAAGGGGAGCAAAGUUGCAGAACCGCGGCAACCAAGAUCGUCACAUGCAUCAAGAUCAAAACACAGUGGUCGUAAAAAGAUCUCGGAGCGUGAUACGGAUAAGUCCUGGCGACCGCAUACCAAGCAAUCAACAACAUCUUCACCAAAGAAAAUGCGCAGGCUCUCAUCCUUUGCCAGUAGUCGUAGGGAGCGCAAAAACAGAAAGCCUGUACUUGGAAAAAUUGGUGGACCCACUAUCGCGUGCAUCCCGCUUCGACUAGUUUUCAGUAGGAUCAAUGAAGCAUUAAGCUUUCCAGUGAGAUCAGGAAACCCCACCGGAGUAGCCCUGCCAGGACUUUGCAUUGAAGAGAGCCCCUGAUCAUACAUUUACUAGCUUUUCAUGUACAUUAGUCACCAUAUAAUUUUUUAAAGCUUGAUGCCUGGCAUGUUAAUAUGACUGUUAUGUGCUUGUAAUCCGUAGUUCCAGUAGGCAAUUGCUACAUACCCACCGUGAGUGUCGUCCAAUGGUGGAAGAAAAUAAGCAGCA